AUGGGGGCCGAGCAGCAGCGGCUCGACGACGAGAUGGAGCGCCGCCGCAUCCGCGUCAAGGACUGGCAGGUGAAGCUCCGCGAGCUGCAGGGUGCCACCGGGCCCGAGGUCGAGGCGGGCGGCGGUGCCGGGGCGGGGAAGAAAUGGACCUUGGAGGGCGACGAGUCUGACGAGGAAGAGGAUGGCACGGAUUUGGGCGGAAGCAGUGUCAUGGAUGUUGAUUGCAACAAUGGGGGUAAUGGUACCAGUGGCCCUACUGAUGUAGAGGAGGAAGAGAUUGACCCACUUGACGCAUUCAUGAACACCAUGGUGCUACCGGAGGUCUCACGGCUGGAGAGCAAUGCAGCAUCAGUUGACGGUGUACCAGCUUCCAAUGCGGUUUCUAAGAAAGGGUUGAAGAAGGCGACGGGGAGAAUCAUGCAAGGGGAUGGCUCAGACUCGGAUUAUGACGAUGAUGGUGAUGGUGGUGCUGGAUUGGAGGAUGAGGACUAUGAGGAGUUCAUGAAGCGUGUCAAGAAGACAAAGGUGGAGAAGCUGGCUGUUGUGGACCAUUCCAAGAUUGACUACCAGCCGUUCCGGAAGAAUUUCUACAUCGAAGCGAAGGACAUCAGGGAGAUGACAUCCGAGGAGUUGGAGCGGAAGGUGCACGGGAAAGAUGUGCCCAAGCCAAUUAAGACAUGGUUACAGAGUGGGCAGACUAGCAAGCUCCUUGACACCAUCAAGAAGCUUGGUUUCGAGAAGCCCAUGCCUAUACAAGCGCAAGCGUUGCCGGUCAUCAUGAGUGGCCGUGAUUGUAUUGGUGUUGCAAAAACUGGAUCUGGCAAAACGCUUGCAUUUCUCCUUCCGAUGCUGAGGCAUGUCAAAGACCAGCCACCUGUUGCUCCUGGAGAUGGUCCUGUUGGGCUCAUUGUGGCUCCUACAAGGGAGCUUGUGGUGCAGAUACACUCGGACAUUAAGAAGUUCUCUAAGGUGCUUGGCAUUAGUUGUGUUGCUAUCUAUGGAGGCUCAGGGGUUGCCCAGCAGAUCAGUGAACUGAAACGAGGUGCUGAAAUUGUCGUUUGCACAACAGGAAGGAUGAUCGAUAUCCUCUGCACUAGCAACGGGAAAAUCACUAACCUUCGGAGAGUGACAUUCUUGGUGAUGGAUGAAGCUGAUAGGAUGUUCGACAUGGGUUUUGAGCCUCAGAUCACUAGGAUAAUUCAAAACACCCGGCGAGAUAGACAGACAGUGCUUUUCUCAGCCACUUUUCCACGGCAGGUAGAGAUGCUGGCGCGCAAGGUGCUGAUCAAGCCCGUUGAGAUUCAGCAUGGAUAUCAGUGCCUGUCUCUACAUGGUGGUAAGGAUCAAGCUGAUCGUGAAUCAACUGUUGCUGAUUUCAAGAGCAAUAUCUGCGGCUUGCUGAUUGCUACUAGCGUUGCUGCUAGGGGUUUAGAUGUGAAAGAACUUGAAUUGGUUGUCAAUUAUGAUGUCCCCAUCGUGUUGGGCGAACAGGCCGUGCUGGAAGAGGAGCGGUAUGCGCCAGACCUUGUGAAGGCGCUGGAACUCUCUGAACAGACUGUUCCAGAGGACCUGAAAGCCUUAGCUGAUCGGUUUAUGGCAAAGUUCAACGAGGAAGAGGAUGAAGCGCAAAAGUCUACAAAGAAGGCUCAGGCAAGGGAAUAUGGAUAUGAGGAGGAGAAGUCAGAUUCAGAUUUUGAUGAGGAAGAGGAAGGUGGUGUUGCUAUCACUAUAAGGGGAACAUAUAUUGCUCAAGGAAAAGUUGCUGGUGCCAAUGAGCGCAAACUGUACCUGUUUAUCGAGGGCCACUCAGAGUCUUGUGUGAAGAAGGCAAAAGCGGAGUUGAAGCGUGUCCUUGAGGAUUGUGUCAACCAGCUUACAAUGGUUUCCAUGCCACUAUGGUGUCGUUGGCCUGCUACUUCCAGUAUUCAGAUUGUCCACGGCUGUGGCGCUGUGCAACUCUUUUUCGUACAUAGUCAUUAUAAGGCAGCUAAUGUUUACUUAGUGUCACAUGGUUAUUAG